CAUCCUUACAAGGUUGAACAGGGGCAGACGCGGUGACCCACCCUGAACCUCCUCCACUUCACAAAGCGCGCCACCCGCCGUCCAGAUGGCAACAAAAUGCUCCAGCUUAGCCGCCUUGAGCUGUGCGGUGCCCCGCAACUUGCCAGCCUCCUCGCCCAGUUCAGUCUGGUGGACCCUUGGGCGAGCAAGCGUGGCGGCGCCAAGGGCUACACGCAUCCGGCCACGCCCAAGCCGGCCUCUCCCGCACGCCUGGAUCGGUGGUAUGUCAGUUCCACCGCGGCGCCGUGGGUGCUGGAUGUCGCACGCACGUAUGGGGCGCCUGGGGACCACAACGGUGUGCUGCUCACCCUGUCCUUGCCCGACCUGCCACAUGCGCACCGGGAGCAGUGGCGCUUCCCCACAUACCUGCUGUUUCACCCCUCGCUGCGUCUGGAGCUCGAGCAGCGCUUGGAGGCGCACGCUGCCGCAAAUCCUGUGACCAGUACAGGUGACGGCGCUUGCACGCAAUGGGAGGCGGACAAGUUCUUCUUGCGGGAGGCCGCCACCAGCAUCCACCGUCGGCAUGCACGCCAGACCCGGGACGGGCUGCAUGGCGUGGUGCUGGCCGCAGACGCGGCCGCUGCCCUGGCCGACCGGCCGGGAGCCAGCGCCGCGCAGCGUCAGGCUGCGGCCAUGGCCAACUUGGCGGUGCGGGAGGAGCGGGCAGCUGCUGCAGCGGCCAGCCACAAUGCCCGCGCUGCACUGAUGAAGGAGCAUGGGGAGCGGGGCACUCGCUGGUUCCAUCGGCAGGCUGACGAGCCAGCAGCCGGCGCGCAGGAGCCCAUCACGCACUUGAAGGUGCCGGGGCAACCGGCGCCUGUGGCGCUCACGGGGCCGGGCACGCGCAACACUGUCUCCGCAGCCGCUGCAGCCAUGUACAGCAGCACCAGCCCCACCGGCCUGUUCCGCGUGCAGCCGGUCUGUACGGCGUCGCAGCAACAGCUUCUGGCGGCCAUUGACCGCAAGGUUCCGGCGGAUCUGCAGGCCGCCGCAGAGGGGUCCGGUGACGGCGCCCUCAGUGAUGCCGAGCUGAUGGCAGCGCUGGCUGGCUCCGCCAAUGGUAAAGCGCCUGGGUCGGACGGGGUCCCGUACGAGGUGUACAAGGUUUUUUGGGCGCUGCUGGGUUCGCGCUUGUGUGCUGCUGCUGCCGCUGCCUUUGCUGCCGCUGCAGACGCCCACGAUGGCGGUGAAAUGGCGGCGGCGCUGCCCGCCUCCUGGCGGGAGGGCAUCAUCACCCUCAUCUACAAGGGCAAAAGCCUGGACCGCGCCGAGCUGGCGUCCUACCGGCCCAUCACGCUGCUCAACUGCGACUUCAAGAUGGUGUCCAAGGCCGUCAGCGCCCGCCUGCAGCCCGCCCUGGAUGCAGUUGUGGAUGAGCUGCAGACCGCGUUCAUCACCCUGCCCCUGUUCAACCUUGGUGGAGCGCUGUACUUCUUGGACAUUGAAAAGGCGUAUGACCGGGUGCACCGGCAGUGGCUGUAUGCGUCCGCGGAGGGACUUGGGUUUGGGCCGCGCAUGCUGCGCUGGAUCCGCCUGCUCACUGCCAACGGCUCUGCCCGCGUGUGUGUGAACGGGAUGCUCUCUGACGCCUUCCCAGUGCUGAACGGCUUGCCGCAGGGCAGCACCGCCUCACCACCCCUGUGGGUCAUCCAGAUGCAGCCACUGACGUCCUUUCUGCGGCGGCAGGUGGAGCAAGGGGCACUGCGCACGCCCCUGUUACCCAGCGGCGAGCAGGCGCCGCCUGCUGCCCACCACGCUGACGACACGACCCUCACGGCGCGCGACCCGGCGGUGGACGGGCCGGUCCUGAUGGCGGCAGUACAGCUGUUCUGCCGCGCGUCCAACGCCCGUGUCCAUCCGGACAAGAGCAAGGCCAUGGGCCUUGGCAGGUUUGCGCACCUGACGGGCCCUUGCCCACACACGGGGGUGCCGUUUACCACUGGCGCCGUGACGCACCUGGGUGUGCCCCUGUCGUGGGACUCGGAUGUGGCUGCAGCUUUGUUUGAGGAAUCAUCCUUACAAGGUUGAACAGGGGCAGACGCGCUGCCCCCCUGCUGCCUGAAAGCAGCCUGGUCCCCGAGACCAGAACCCUGACAGGGCAAGAAGAGAAGAAAAGAGAAGAGA